UAAAUUUUAGAGAAACCAUUUCAUCAAAAUAGAAAGAAAAAAAAAAGAGUCAGCUUCCUGGAUCGAACUUUGGUUGACUUUAAAAGGACGAGAACUACAAGAAGAGAUGGGAUGGGAGGAGUAGGGUCCACAAGUAGGAUAUAUACAUCAGAAUCUUUCAACUUCUCAGUGUGUUUUUGUAUUAGUACUGUUAUUUUUGGAAUAAAACGGGUACUGUAGGAACUACAAAAGAAAGAAAGAAAAGAAUCAGAAGAGUCUAAACAGAGAAAGCCCAGAUUACAGCUUUGGUUUUGUAGUAACCAACUAUAUAUAUAUAGGUACAUAGAUAUCAUAAAGAGGGAACAGCCACCUUAAUACCUUUCUUAUCAAAUAACUAUAUAUCUAGUCUUUGUUGUUGUUGUUGUUGUUGUUGUUGGUGUUCCUGGUUUCUCAGACACUUUUUCUUGGAUAUUUCAGGCAAAAACCUUAUACCAUAUAUUUUAUUAUUAUAUUUUGUGUAUUUUUAUUAUUUUAAGAAAAAUACACACCCACUUGGGUAUCUCCAAGAAUCUUCACCUAGGUUUGGAGACUGGUUAGCCACAACAUCUUCUGUUUUGGGUUGGAGAUAGCUCAAGUCAAAUUGAGUUUUGGAACCUGCUUUUUAUGAAUUCUAAGGGAACAGAAUCUAAACAGCAAUCUGGUUAUUGCCGGAGCUAAUUUUCAGAAUCCAAUUAAAGACCAAGGGGUUCUUUCUGGGUUUUGCCUUUGGGUUGCUGUUGGAAGCUACAGUAGCUAUUGUAUCUGACAAAGAAGUUUGAAGGGUUCAGUUACUGGUUAGUGUAAUCAUUCCCACAAGUAUCUCACACCAAAAGAAGUUUUGGAUCCUAAUUUCUGAAAUACUAGAGGAAAAGAAAUCCUGGAAGUGGGAGGGUUUUGCAAAAGUUAUACCAUGGAAGAAGGUGUUCUAUCACCAUCUACCAUUUUGGGAGCUCCAUCUGAGUAUCCAAUGGAUUUAGAUUUCAUGGAUGAAUUGUUUUUAGAAGGAUGCUGGUUGGAAACCAGAGAUGGAUCUGAAUAUAUUAGCCAGACUUCUAGUUCUAAUCCCCUUUUUGAUCCUUUAUUCUGGCCUACUUUGGAGACUAACGGUGACUUGAACGCAAACCCAUCUCAGAGGAGUAACCAAGAAGGGAGACAGAAAUCAAUUUUCAACGAAUCUGUGGGAGUAAGUGUUCUCCGAGCUUUGCCUCCUUCUCAGACCAUAAACAAUGCUCCCAAUAAUCCUGGAGUUUCAGAAGGUUUGAUAACCGAAAAUGAUGAAAUGAGAAGAAAGAAUUGGAUUGGAACCAAGGAAAGUCAAGGUCCUUCAUCUUUUGUAAUGGAGAAAUUAUGCAGGGCACUUAUGUACAUCAAAGAUGUUAUAAGAGAUAAAGAUAUCCUUGUUCAAAUAUGGAUUCCUGUAGAUAAAGAAGGUAGGCGUGUUCUUACAACUAGAGAUCUUCCUUUUGCGCUUGAUGAUAGCUGUCCAAAGCUUGCACGGUACAGAGAUAUAUCUGUAAAGUAUCAGUUUCCAGCUGAAGAGGAUUCUAAGGGUUUGAUAAUGGGAUUGCCUGGAAGGGUGUUCUCUGGUAAGGUUCCAGAGUGGACGCCUGAUGUUCGAUACUUUAGGAAUGAUGAGUAUCCACGGCUGAUGCAUGCUUAUCAAUAUGACGUACGUGGGACUCUUGCCCUUCCUAUUUUUGAGCAAGGUAGUAGGAUUUGCUUAGGUGUGGUGGAGGUUAUCAUGACUACUCAGAAAAUCAAGUAUCGCCCUGAGCUUGAAAGUGUUUGCAAGGCACUUGAGGCUGUCAAUCUUAAGAGUUCUGAAGUUUUGAGCACUCAUAAUGUGAGGGUAUUCAACAAGUACUACCAAGCUGCAUUACCUGAGAUUCAGCAAGUCUUGAAAUCUGCUUGUGAUACACAUAGGUUACCCUUAGCUCAAACUUGGGUACCAUGUAUAUACCAAGCUAAAGAGGGGUGCCGUCACUCUGAUGAAAACUAUGUCCAGUGUGUUUCGACAGUGGAUCAUGCCUGUUAUGUUGCUGAUCCCCACAUCCAAGGUUUCCAUGAGGCUUGCUCAGAGCAUCACCUGCUUAGAGGCCAAGGAGUUGUUGGUGGAGCAUUCAUGACAAACCAACCAUGCUUCUCAGCUGACAUAACUUUAUAUCCCAAGACAGAGUAUCCUCUGUCUCACCAUGCCAUGUUGUUUGAAUUGCAUGCUGCUGUGGCAAUUCGACUUCGCAGCAUUCAUACUGGUGCAGCUGAUUUUGUCUUGGAAUUUUUCUUGCCCAAAGAUUGCACAGAUCCCGAAGAACAAAAGAAAAUGCUAACUUCACUCUCCUUAAUCAUCCAACAAUGUUGCCAGAGCUUAAGAGUUGUCACAGAGAAAGAGCUAGAGGAGGAAGGUGAUUUUCAAGCCAAUAAAGUUUUGACACCUUCCAUUGACAGACCUGAUACGGAAAUUUGUUUCCAAGAGGUGCAACAGAAUGAAACUGAUCUCUCAUUGUUCACAGUGGAAAAAACAAGUGAUGGAAGACACUCAAAGUCAAGUCAAAAUCAAAGAGGUUCAAGCUUGAAACCAAGUGAUGAGUAUGUAGAAGAGUGUUCUACUGUUGGUGAAGGUAGUUUUUCAAACUUGGGUGGUGUUAAAACGGGUGAACGAAGACGAACCAAGGCAGAGAAAACCAUAACCUUACAAGUGCUUCGACAAUAUUUUGCUGGUAGCCUUAAAGAUGCUGCAAAGAGUAUUGGAGUAUGUUCAACGACAUUGAAGAGAAUAUGCAGACAACAUGGGAUAAAACGUUGGCCUUCUCGUAAAAUCAAGAAGGUUGGCCACUCCCUACAGAAGUUACAACUAGUAAUCGAUUCAGUCCAAGGUGCUUCUGGUGCUUUCCAAAUCGAUUCGUUCUACUCCAACUUCCCUGAGCUAGCAUCUCCAAAUGUUUCAGGCACCAGCCCGUUUUCAACAUCAAAGGCAAACGACCAUCCAACACCAUCAUGCCUGCAGCAGCCUGGAGAAGGCAGUGGCGGAAUGUAUAGCGCACAAGCCACCACUGCGGCUGCUGCUGCAACAUCGAAAUCUUCAUCGACCUACAGUCAGAGUUCGAGCUCGAGCCAAUGUUGUUCCAGCAGGUCACAGCAACAUCCACAAACGUGGAACAACAUGGUUACAUCCAGCGAAGAUGCAAAUGGCGGGGAAAACUCUGGGGACGACGUGGUUCUGAAGAGAGUCAGGAGUGAAGCAGAGCUUUUCGCAAGUCAUGAAGUAGAUAACAAUAAUCUACUGCCAAGAUCUCAAAGCCACAUCUCUCUUAUGGAGCACCGCAAGAGCUUGAAGAGUGGCUUUCCUCCUAGCUCGGUUAAAAACGAGCGGCGGUUAACUCAACAAGAAGGUGAGCUUCAGAGAGUGAAAGUGACUUAUGGAGAGGAAAAAACUCGUUUCCGGAUACACAACAACUGGGGUUUCACAGAUUUACAGCAAGAAGUUGGGAGAAGAUUUGGUAUUCAAGACAUGACAACAUUCACUAUCAAGUACUUGGAUGAUGACUCCGAGUGGGUUUUGUUAACUUGUGAUGCGGACUUGGAGGAGUGCUUCGAGGUCUGGCCAGCUUCUCAAAACUCUACCAUUAAACUCUCUCUACAACUAUCUCGGGUUUCAUAGGUGGCAAUGACUCCCCCCUUUAUGACACGUGGCACAACUGUAUUUGGUAAGUUGUUUCUAUGGUCCACGUGGCACAAACAGAAGUGGUGAAGGAAUGAAAUGAACGAACUUUGGGGGAGAUUCAGAAUCACAGUAUGCUGGAAUCAAUUUGUGAUCACCUCACCUCACUUCACCUUUCUUUUUGUUUUUUCCUUUUUAAAAUAUGUCAUUUGCUACUUUAGAUUUUGUUUUUGGGAACUACCCUUUAGAUUGUUUAUACAGUAGCCUCUGUAUUUUACUAGAAUAAUGUUCAAGUUAAAAGAAAAUUGAACAUUUAGAGAGAAAAGCAAAAAUUUGUUGUUUGUAAGUUUUUUCUUAGAGUUGUUGAUAAGCUUUUAAGUUUUAUUGGACAUAGCUUUUAUUUUUAAUAAUCAUUUUGUUACGUAA